UCUAUAGUUCGUUACUAGAGAAGUUUCUCUGAACGUGUAGAGCACCCGAACCCACGAGGAGGAGAUGCAGUGUUCUCUCCUGAGCGUGAAGUUGGCUCUUGGUGCUGUGUUUGCAGCUGCCUUUAGCCGUUGAUGAUCGUUCUUCUCUUCAUUUUGGAGAGAGUUUAUGUCGAUGCAGUUAACUCUCUGGGCCAGACGUCGCUUUUCACUGCAGCAUUAUUAGGUCUUACAAAAUUAGUUGAUGUCCUGGUGGAUUAUGGAUCAGAUCCAAAUCACCGCUGCUUUGAUGGGAGCACGCCUAUCCAUGCAGCAGCGUUUUCAGGCAAUCAGUGGAUCCUCAGCAAACUGCUGGAUGCAGGGGGUGAUCUGCGACUCCACGAUGAGAAGGGUCAGAACCCGCAGACCUGGGCCCUGACAGCAGAGAGGGAACGCGGCACCGCAAUGGUGGAGUUCAUGCAGCGCUGUGCCGCGCACAUGCAGGCCAUCAUCCAGGGCUUCUCCUAUGACCUCCUGAAGAAGAUUGACUCCCCUCAGCGGCUCAUCUGUGGCCUGCCCCGGUUUGGGGGCCUCAUGCAGGGAAGCCCUAAUGGCUCUCCUAACCGACUGCUUAAAGCUGGAGUCAUUUCUGCCCAAAAUAUCUACAGCUUUGGCUUUGGAAAGUUUUAUCUCAUAGGAGGCACGCAGCUGGCUUAUCUAGGAUCUCUUCCAGUAAUUGGAGAAAAGGAAGUGAUUCAAGCUGACGAUGAGCCCACCUUCUCUUUCUUCAGUGGCCCCUACAUGGUCAUGACCAACCUGCUGUGGAACGGGAGCAGGGUCACCGUGAAGGAGCUGCACCUUCCCACCCACCCGCACUGCCGCAGGCUGCGGCUGGCUGACUUGUUAAUUGCUGAGCAAGAGCACAGCAGCAAGUUGCGGCACCCUCACCUGCUACAGCUGAUGGCCGUGUGCCUGUCCCAGGGCCUGCAGAAGACCCGCCUCGUGUACGAGCGCGUCGCCGUCGGCACGCUGUUCGCUGUCCUCCAUGAACGGCGCGCCCAGUUCCCCGUGCUGCGCAUGGAGACGAUCGUGCACCUGCUACUCCAGACCUCUGACGCCCUGAGAUACCUGCAUUCUCGGGGCUUUAUCCACCGUUCCCUCAGCUCCUACGCCAUCCACAUCGUCUCCACAGGGGAAGCGAGGCUGACCAACCUGGAGUACAUGAUGGAAAGCCGGGAUGGAGGUGUACACAAGGACCUGACUGGAGUAUCCCUCCCCACCCAGCUGUACAAUUGGGCCGCCCCGGAGGUGAUCUUACAGAAGGCAGCCACAGUGAAGUCAGACAUCUACAGCUUUUCUGUGAUCAUACAGGAGAUUUUAACAGACAGCAUACCCUGGGAUGACUUAGAUGGCUCAGUUAUUAAAGAAACCAUAGUCUUGGGAAAUUAUUUAGAAGCUGAUGUCAGGCUUCCGAAACCUUACUAUGACAUCGUUAAGUCAGGCAUCCAGGUCAACCAGAAAGACCGAACUAUGAACCUUCAAGAUAUCCAGUAUAUCCUGAAAAAUGACUUAAAGGAUUUUAUUGGAGCCCAGAGAACUCAGCCAACUGUGAGUCCCAGGGUGCAGAGAUAUGAACUCCAUCCUGAUGUCAAUGUCUGUUUAGGAGUGACUUCAGAACAUCCAUUGCAAAUAAAAGAGCUGAAGGAAACAGCAGGUGGUCAGCUUCAUUCACCAAGGCGUCACUCCACUCCCACCGAGAAAGCAACACCAGAGCCUCCGGUCCCAGACCCAAGUCUGGAGGCCCAGGAGACACAGAACCAAGAUGCUGCUUCUCAGGCAAGCCUCUGCAGCUUCGAAGUCAACGAAAUCUACUCAGGCUGCCUGGACAUGGGCGAUGACAAAGAGGAAGAGCCCCCAGGAACUGGUUCAUCUCUUGAGGGGGCCAGACAAAACCAGGUAGAAGAGCUGAAGUCCCUGGAAGAAGAGUCGGAAGAGAUGGAGAGAGAGGCGUUGUGCUGGUUUUGCCACGAGGACAACAGCUCUUCAGAAGCUGACACGGAGCUCUCCUUCGAGGACUGGGGCUGGCAGAAUAGUUCACGUAGCUCACCCAGCCUGCCUGAGCCAGCCAGAGGAGCCAAGGGCAACGUGAGCAACAGGUCCCUGACCGAGCAGUACAUCAGUAAGUGUGUGCUGAAUCUAAAGAUUUCACAGACCUUUCUGCACCAGAAUGCCAAUAUGCUGAGGAAUAUUCAACAGAAAAUAGAUAAGCUUGAGAUGAUACAGAAGGAGCAGGAGGGCUGGUUUCUGUGGGCUUCCUCAAGAGAGUUUGCAAGCCGCUAUGACUCACAUUCAACCGUGGGCCCCCCAUCUUCAAGCUAUAUGCCUCCUGCCAUGCAGCUGCCAGGAGACCUACAGCCGGACACUGAGGGCAACUGCCCGACCCUAGCAAAGUCUCCAAGAGCAAUGAGAGACUUCCAAGGAGGACAUUUUGGCAAAAGGUCCAAGAAAAGAAGCAGCUGUGGCUGGACACCUUUCACCCCUUUCCCCCAAGUCCCUGAAGAAAGCACUAGGGAUCCGUCGGAGAAGGGCCAACAGCUGCCAUCUCCAUGUGGUCCUGGAACACAGAGCAGAGGUGAACAGUUUCAGCCCACUCACGGAGCCAAGGACAGUGUGGAAAGAAACAGGAACCAAAAUACCAGCAGCCAGGGAAGGCCUAGAGAGUCCAGUGCCCGAACCAGAACGACACAGCUCAGUGGUGCACUCCUCACCGUGCCAGGCCGCCCACAGGGACCACUCACGUCAUCCAGCCCUGGCCGAGGCUCUUCCAGGAUCAGUAUGGAAUCUGUGUCUUCUAAAAUCUAUAACACAAAGUCAAGAAAUAAUGAAGAUGCUGGAGAGAUACACUUAAAAUGGAAAACGGAGGUGAAAGAAAUGGCAGAGAAAGCAGUUACUGGGCAGCUGGCAGGACCUCCUUGGCAUCCUCAGAGUAGUGUGACUUUAGAAAACGAGGCUGAAAACAGGCCUGAUCCCCUGCUGCAGCCCCCCAUCAGGGUCCCUGUGCACGUGGAUUGGGGGCAAGCUGUAGAGCAUCCCAAGAAAAAUGAUGAGCCAGGAGGAAAUACCAAGUGUGACAAAACAGACAGCAGUGACCGCGACGGUGACCAGCGUGGUAGACAGCCAGGGCCUCGAAGCUUCAGCGGUAUCAGGCACCUGCCCCCCAGAAAAAAUGAGCAGCCAGAGCAUAGUGAAGUCUUUGAAGAAAAUUCUGAUGUACCUGUGGUUGUUGAGAAGUCUUACAACGAUCAGUCCGUGCAAUCAACUUGUUCACCAGAGUCUUCUGAAGACAUAACAGGUGAAUUUUUAACUCCAGACCACGAAUAUUUUUACUCCUCAACUGCUCAAGGAGACUUGCCUCUUGAGACCUCAAGUCCCACUGAAGAAGACCUUGAAGGAAUACAACAUGCUUGUGCCCAACCUCAAGCCUCUGGUGAAGAAAAGUUCCAAAUGAGAAAAAACCUUGGAAAGAAUGCUGAAAUUUUGACCAGGUCUCAAUUCCAACCUAUACGAAGUACUGAAGACGAACAAGAGGAGACAUUAAAGGAGUCACCAAAGGAAAUGAAAGAGAAAGACACGUCAUUGACAGACAUUCAAGACCUGUCUAGUAUCUCCUGUGAACAAGACGGUUCUUCUAAGGAAGUCUCAUGCAAAACACCCAAAAUAAACCACGCACCUACUAGUGUCAGCACUCCGCUCAGCCCAGGGUCAAUUUCUUCAGCUGCUAGUCAGUAUAAGAACUGUCUUGAAAGUAUCACAUUUCAGGUUAAAACAGGGUCUACCUCAUUCUGGAACAGUCAAGAAUCUAUUCAAACUUCGUCUGAUAAAUUUACAACUGUCCGAGAGAACGCAGAGAGCCUAGAUUCCCUUCUUACUUCCUCUGAAACUCUUCCUUCAAGACUGACUAAUCUCAAAAGAUUGCCUACAUUUACUGGGGCUGGUUCCUCCAGCAUUGCUAAGACACCUGACACAUCAUCCCCUGCCACUCAGAGGAGGAGCCUGCCAAAAGAACUAGUAGAAACCAUCUCGCAACAUCACAUUGAUGAGCUACCACCACCAUCUCAGGAGCUGCUUGACGAAAUUGAGCACCUGAAGCAGCAGCAGGCCUCCUGCACAGCGUCGGGUGGGAGCACAGAAGGCCACCUGGGCGUCGCUGCCAGGGAUCAAAGGCAUUUAGAAGAACAAGAAACUAACAGUAAUAAAGAAGACAGCAGUAUGCUUUGGACCAAAGAAACUCAGGAUCUAGAAGAGGAUACAGAGAGAGCUCACUCUACGCUUGAUGAGGACCUGGAAAGAUGGCUGCAGCCACCUGAGGACAGCACGGAGCCACAGGGUCUCCCCAAGUGCUCGGCAAGGGAGACAAAUACCAAAGAUCAAGAAGUUGGUGAAAAGAAGAGAAAAGGGGAAGAAAGCAUCACGCCAGAGAGAAGGAAAUCAGAGAGCUUUUUAGGGACUUUGGAAGAAGAGGAACUAAAACCCUGUUUUUGGAAGCAACUGGGUUGGUCCGGACCAUCCAGAAACAUCACACCAACUCGAAACUCCUUUUUGUUCAGGAUAAUCGUGCUGGAUCAGAGUGACUUGUCAGACUGACCGGAAGUGGACCAUAGAGGGACUCCUGGCCUGCGUUUGAGUGUCCUGCUCGUGAGCUCCCUUCUUCCCUCGUCUGCUUCAGUCACCAUUAGGGCAGUGGUUCCAUUGCUCACACUUUGUUUAGCCACCACAAUAGACAGAACGACUUGUUUGUUUGCAGCACAUUUAACCAUUUGUUUUCAGUCAGAUUUCUGAAAAGUAAACGGUAGUUUUGAUUGUAAAGCUUUCUCAUUGUGCCCAGAAUGGCGUUUGGUUUUUUAAUAUAAAUUUUCAAACACU